GGAUUCCUGAUGCCUUCUGGAGCCUCCUGGGGCCGCCUGGGGCCUCUUGGGGCUUCCUGUGGCCUCCUGGGGCCUCCAGAACCUCCUCCGUGGCCAUUUUGGCUCAAGCCAUGUUGGCUCAAUCCAUUUUAGUUCAAGCCCGCCUUUUUGGCUCAGGCUCUCUUGCCUGCGCUUGCAGCAGCAUGCUCCUUCAGAACGACCUUGUGCUGUUUCGAGCCAGCGUGGCUCUUUCCUCUUUCAUUCAGUGAGCUCCUGCUGGAGCAAUUGUUACCGCGAUUCGUGAGGAGCCGUGGCGGGCAAGGAUUCCAGCAAGGGUAAGAAGGGCGUCGGCAAGGGCAACUACAGUUUCGACUAUGCGCCAUGGGUUUAGGAGGCGAACAGUCGUGCAGCGCACGUUUGGCCUUCUUGGGUUCCUGGUCUUCAGUCUAGCCAGCAUACUUCCAAUCUUGCUCAGCGCUGGGAGUGCCAGCAGUGCGGUUGUCGUCGCAACGCCUCAUGGUUCAGCUGGUGCAAGCACUGCGGCGCGAGUCGUCCACGCAUGAGCGGAAGUGUGUGGCAUGUCAGUGCUGGGAAGGGAGCUGCCAAGGGUUUGCCUCGCGCACCUUCCUAUACUGCCACAGGUGCCAAGUCGUCAUCUCCUCCUGUUCCGAAGCCGUCGACCGAAGAGUAGCUGCAGAUGGUGACUCUCUGUGGCAAGAUGGGUGACGUGGCACAGGCGAGGCAGCACUGCAUGGCCGCCACCGCUUUGUCAGCUUCGACGCAGAGUGAGAGCUUGCAGGUGCAGUUGUCGAAAGCGCAUUCUAAGGCUCAGUCAGCGGAGAAGAAGCUGGAAGCUGCUGCGCACAAGCUCGAGACGGUGCAGCAGCAUCUUGAGGCGCGGAGGGCGCAUGUGGGAGUUUUACGUGAUGAGUUCGAGCAGGCCGAGUCUGAGCACGGUGAGCAGGUCCGCGAAGUGCACAGGCAACUUCCUGCUCAUGAGCAGCCCGUCGAGUCCAAGCCAGCUCUUUCCAUCGGAUAUAUUUUGGAUGCUGAGAAGUUGUCCAACCUGGCCUGCCGGCGAAUGGCAUCUUCAAGACCGACGAGCUUGAGUACGAACUCGCGCCUGACGACACGCAGGGACUGGAGUUCCGAGCCAGCAAGCUGCGAGAGGGCGUCUCUUCCUUGGCCGCCGUCUUGUUCAAAGACUCGAAGGCCAAGGUGGACUCACUCCGUGCUGGUAAUGAUGCUCACCUCAAGAGGCUGGCGGCCAAGCGCAGAAGGUAUCAUCAUGACGCCGAAGGUGGAGCUUCCGAUAGUGCAGCGUCGGCGGCGGAAACGAUUCUUGCAGGCUGAUCGUCCCGGCGGAGCGGCUGGUGACAGUAGUUGUCUGAGGGUAGCCGUAGCAUGCGUGACCGAGCUGCUGCCGUCGCAAAGUCCCGACCCGUCCCCCUUGAAAGCCCUGGCAGGCACGAUUGAGAGGGCCUACGGGGCUUUUCCCGCGAUGGUCUUUCUAGGUGACUUCUUCCAGGGGUAUCUCAAAACGGUUGUUAGUCUUCCUCGGCUUUCAACGGCAUCCCGUCGCUGGCCCAGAUUCAACUCUGGAGCCGCAGGGGCUUCGCACGUUUAGCCGAAAGCUCAGGAGCCAAAGCUUCAGCCAAGUCGGCCAGGAUGCGCUGGACCGCGCUUCUGGUCAGAGCCGAAGCGGUGCUGCUCUCGCCUGCGUUGCGUCGCGUUGGCUCUGAGUUUUUCAGGCGCUCUCGUCUCAGCAGUGCGGCCCCGAUCGAUUCCUCGCUGCCUGCGCUGCUGUGCCCUGUCUUGACUCUUUGCGACAGGGUUGGGAAUGCGAGCCUGCGCUCGGUGUCAGGCUUCGAGCUGCCGCUGGCUGCUCCUGCCUGCAUGUUCGCAGCCAUCAGCGGAAGCAACUCUUCGAAUUUGUGGGAGAGCCACAGGGAAGGGAAGUCGUUGGUGGCCCCCUCUCCCAGGCCCCCGCAGCCCCCUCGGAAUGUUAGGUCUCAGGGCCCUUGUUGGAUUGGGUCUUGUGUCAGGGCUGCCCCGAGACAGGCCCCGUUUGCCUGCUCUGCCGGUUCUGUUUCUUUGACUCAGCCGUCCCGUGUUUUGGCGGCUGGCGUUUUUCAGAACCCAUAUCCGAACGCGGUUGAGCUUAACAAUCGGACCAUCAGCUGCCACUCCUGGGGCGCCGUGAAGGAUUUUCUCGAGGGUUACCUAGAGGCCCCAUCUCGUUUGCGAGGAUCGGUAAUUGAGGUUGCAAGUGCUUGGUGCAUCGAGCGAGGUUUGAAGUCUGUCUGGUCAGAAGUUCAGCCCGCGGAAGCUGGAGACACUUCUGCUGGUGUUGCGAUGAUUGUCCAUCCGUGGCUUGGUCUCAUGGAUGUACAUGGAUGGAAAGUUGUCGAGGG